AUGGGUGUCUGGGAAACGGAUGACGAGUAUCUCAGUGGCCCGGCUGCUACUUCGCUGCCAACACCUCUAGAUACUCCCUAUCGAACUCCAUCGAGAGCUUCAAAGAGGUCCCGGCGCUCGGUCACACCGCCUGGAAAGGAUUCUUCUACAGCUCAAUUACCAAACGAGACGGGUUCUAAGAGAUCCUCACGAAAUAUCCCAACCGAUGAAACCAUCAGUAUUCUCGAUCCUCGGCGUUUCACGCCAACACUACACGCCAACCUCGUCUCCGAGAUCUUAUCUCUCCGCCGAGACCAGGAGGAGAAGACGAGGCAGAUUGAAACGCUUGAAGCAUCUCUUCAUGCGGCAAAGGAGGAAAAAGAGUCAGUGAAGCAAAAUCUCACUGAAACGAGUAAGGAGAGCAGGUCGCUCAAACGACAACUCUCCCUUCUCGAGGGUGGAUCGUCCUCUGCAUUAGGAGAACUUGCUCGGGAGAGAGAUGAGGCUGUCGACUCUGUCGCUGAUGCGAGAAAGCGACUCGAAACUGCCCAAAAGAAGAUCCGGGUUCAGGAGGAGGACUCACAGCGUGUUCACGAACUAUGGGCACAAGAGAAGGAUAGCUGGGAGGAAGAGAGGCGGAAGUUUGAGAGGCGAAUUCAUGUUGCAGAAAGCCGCUUGAAGACUGUGCUUGAUGAAGUCGCCGCAUAUCAACAAGCCCAAAUCAACAAUGCUCACGGUGGAGCUAACCAUGGAACAGGCAACGGCCAUGAUAGUGAAGUGGAGGAAAGCGGCCGGGAGAACGAUGCUGCUAGUGUGAGGACCAUGAGUAUGACCAACAGCAUUCGCUUUUCCAUGACAAGUGGCACUGGGAUAAUGAGGCUGAAUGGAAACUCUCUCGCUGAUGAGCUCAACUUCGAUGACGAGGAUGAACAAAGCGACUUUGACGGCCGGGAAAGCGCCAUGUCAAACUACGCAACAUCAUUCCACACUCGCAAUCUCAGCCGCGACAGUCCCGUGAAACGGUUCCAUGCUCGAAAUCAGAGUUUGGAGAGUAUCAAGAGAACUGGAAGUGUCACUCGGGGCAGACUUUUCAUGAAUCAGUCAGUGCCCGAAGCCCUGGAAGAUGAAGAAAACGAGGGGAAAACUGUCUCUGCACCAGUUCCUGUGCCAAAGGUUUCGUACACUGACACAGGAAUCCAAUACUCCCCGCCACCUUCACCUAAGCUCCCUCCUGCGAAGCCUGCAACACCCGAGCCCCGUGCUCCUGUCAAGUUACCCGAAGUCGAGUGUUCGCCACGUGGUGACGGUGAGAUUGAAGCAAACCAACGUCGGAAGCGUGUUCACCCCCCUCUCAACAUCGAGCCAGCAGUAACUCGACGACUCAUGGUCUCAAGCUCUGUUCAGACAACGGAAGAGCCAUUGCUGCCUCCGACUCCUAAGACACCCAAAUCACCUACUCGGCCACCGCCACCGCCGCCAGUACAGCCUCCUGUGAUCGAAAAACCCUUGAUGGUCACAUCUUCCACCCAGACCGAAGGCCCACCCACUCGCCCACCACCCGCUAUUCCACUUGCUCUACCAUCACCACCCCCUCUUGCAAUUCCUAGUAUUAGCGUCCACCCUCCUACCAGUCGGCCUACCACACCUAAGGAGCCGAGAUUGCCAGUACUUUUCAAAGAUUUCAGUUGUCAAGUUGCCUUGCCUUCUUCAUCCUCUACAACCGAGGCAGCGGUACAGACGGAAGGCAUACAGACUGACAAGCGAAUGGCACUUCUCCCGCCCCAUCUUCAGCCUUCUGCCAUAUCCUCCCGACCUACCUCACCAAACCCAACAUCUGGGGUGGACACAACAAAAAGCUUCACACCUGUCCCUGGCAAUGUCCCACCACGGAACCCGCGUCGACUCAAUAGGCAGAGUUUUAGCGAUCAGCCUUCCUCGCCAAUUUCUCUCCCCGAGGAUGACACCCUUCAUGAUGCUUAUCCUGGCAACAACGAUGAUGGCCCUCUCUCUAACCAGAAGGCCCCAGUGCGGCGGCCACAUCGUUUUAGUAGCCUCUUCGCUGGCUUUGAUGGAGGUAGCUCUGAUGAAGCAGACGAUUUUGGUGAUGUAGACUUAAGUGAUUUGGAGUACCGAACUGCAUUGUCUGCACCGCGUCCCAAGUCUAUUUCAAGUCGUCCUGGUAAACGCAGCUCAACUGGCACGACUGAAACCAACGGCACAAUCCCCACGUCCCCUGAACAGAUUACUAUGCGACAGGGUCCUCGCGUUACCACAGAAAUCCAUCACGCUUUUACCACCAAGCCUGGAAGAGGCUUCGAGAAGGGCCCUGCUGCCAUGCCAUCCAACCGGGCUAGCGUUAUGCGAAAAGCCGCGAUGAUCCAGAAUGGUAUUGCCAGUCAUCAAGGUCAAGGACGGGCGAGGAGUCCAAGUUUACCUGAUAAAAACCCUCCUCCAUUCCCGAUCCCCACAAGAGCCAGCUCUAGAAACAUGCCUCCAAGUGCAAGCGCUCCAAGCGAUGGUCAGAGAAGCCCAACUCGAGGUGAUUUCUUCCAGCGUCGUGGAUCAGGUCGCGUCUACCGGGCAGGAAGCGUACGAAAGGUCAGGUCUGCCGCUGCAUUACCGCGUAAUCACAGACAUCGUAAGCAAGGCAGUCGAUCUUCACCUCCGCUGUCUCCUUCUACUGAGGCCCCUGAGAGCCCAGGCUUGCCUCCGUUGCCCAAGAACGACAUCACGACUCCCCGCACUCGGGCUCGUCAUAGUGGUCAAUUUAGGCAUCAGCAUAAGCUUUCUACCAACACUGAUAACACAUUCAACACAUACAACUCAUUCAACACAUACAAUACUGGCAAUACUGGCAAUACGCUCAAUACUUCCAGUACUGAUCCGCCCUCCAAUCCGAGCAGCCCUCAGAAUACGAGUGUAGUCGAUGCCAUCGCACAGACCAUGGUUGGCGAGUGGAUGUUCAAAUAUGUCCGCAGAAGAAAGUCUUUCGGCGUUGCGGAGAGCAACGGCAAGGACGAUACCGGCAACGAUCGCCACAAACGAUGGGUUUGGCUUGCACCCUACGAGAGGGCUAUCCUCUGGAGUAGCAAGCAGCCAUCCUCUGGCAGCGCCUUGAUGGGUAAGGCUGGCCGAAAACUGACUAUACAAUCUGUUCUCGAUGUUAAGGAUGAUAAUGCUCCACCGAAGGGAGUCGCAACAGUGUUCAACCGAUCAAUUCUUAUUUUGACACCACAGAGAGCUCUCAAGUUCACGGCAGAUUCUGCUGACCGGCACUAUAUCUGGUUGACCGCUUUGUCAUUCCUUGCACAUUCAUCGCAGGCAAUCCCCGAAAACAUCUCUGCACCACCGCCAAUACAGCAAACGCCACUGCCAGACUUUGAGGCUCCUCGGCCCAAACUGAAACGGGGUGGAAUUAGAGACUCCAUCCGUCUUGCUAAAGGCCGAACAGUUGGUCCUCGUGCUGGACCACCUAGUGUUCCAAGUAUCCCAAGUAUACCUAGCGCGCCCUCUUCACAACUCGGAGACGUCACUAGUUUUCCCGUCACGGAAUCUGUAGGAGGAUUCUCAAGUACACACUCUCGAGAAGACUCGAGAGAUGCUGCAGAGCCCCCAUUUAUACCACGUUUCCAUGAUAGGAAUCAAGGAAACCAGGUAAACGUUCAUGGACGUAAGAGAAGCAAUACAGGCGGCCAUGUACCGCCGCCGCUCUCUUUCCGGGGGUUCUCUGGACCCAUUGGGGGUGUUGGUCAUCACCAGUCCACCAAUAGUACUGCUGGAAAUAGCACUGGGACUGCAGGUUCUUCGGAUAUCUAUCAGUCCCAGGCUUCGAGCAACGGAACUUGGGCAAUGAGCCAAGCAGGCUCACAGCGAACUUCUGAAGCUUCUUCACGACCAAGUAACUUCUUUGAUGCCAUUGGCACUGUGCGAAUGGAGGCCUUUAUCAGCCCGCUGGCAUUUUCUCAGUUCAACGACUAUCCUGAUGAACAGGACGAAUUCCGUCACUCACUUCGCAGACGGAGUAAAGAACAACGAAGACGGCAAAGCCGAAGUCGACAUCGAGAUAGUUAUAAUUCUCGCAGCACCCGUGCAACACACGAUGACUAUUACCAUGGAAGCAGAACUGCCGGAGAGGAGGACUAUUUCCGUGAUGAUCCCUUCAAGGGAUUCUAGCAUCCAUUUGAUUCAGCACAGUAGCCACGACGGCAAUUAUCACUUUCAUUAUCUUUCGCUUUCUUGGUCAUGUUCAUUGG